ACUGCAGCGACGAGAGGCACCAGUUGGGAGCGGUUCGUGGGUGGCUGAGGGAUUGAUCUGCGGAUGCAUUUCAUUUGAACAGGGGCCCGACAAAGACAAUACGGAGGGUCUACGCAGUGCUUUGGCCCGUUUACGCAACAGAACGGGCCCCUCUCUUCCACAACAACCCACCCCGCCGGCCUCUCCCCUGCCCCUCGCCAGCACCCACAGCCUCGCCCAGAACCACAGCCACGCCCACAUCUCCGAAAGAGGCGUCGGCAGGUGCGCCAGCUAUUGCCAGGAGUCCUCGAAUAAUUCCGCAGCCGCUGUUCCAAAGCCAAGUGAAGCGGGAAAGCAAACCGCAUCAUCUGUAGGAUCAGGAAAAGGACCUGCCGCAGACGGUAGCCACAUCAAUGGCCUCGCCCAUCAUCCCGACCGCUAUGUCCCCGGCUCCCCCAUCUUCCGCGACACCAGCAGCCCAACGCCCCACGCCGCCCUCGCGAGGCCUAUAACAUCACCGCCCGCCUCAGCCUCCCCCUGCACCGCCGCCACCGCCUACACCGCCACCGCCUACACCGCCGCCGCCUCUACCGCCAGCACCACCGCCAGUAGCACCGCCUGCAGCACCACCGCACCAGGAGCAGGAGGAUCCACGGCGACCAGGAGUCGAGGAGUCAGAGCCAUGACGGCAUCUCUUGCUCAUGCCGCUCAGGGUAACCACAACAACAAUAGCAGCAACAAAACCAACUCCAAUUCCGGAAAGUCAAAGCCGCCGGCUGGAUAUAUGAGCACCCGAUCGGCGGCGAUGAUGGCCUUGGCUUUGGGUCAGCCAUCGGGCGGCAGAAGCGACAAGUCACCGCCCGCUCCUCGAUCCGCUUCACCCGUCCAACCGCAGACCUCUUCCAAAUCCCAGUCGCAGUCCCCGCAUCCCAGUGCCAGAAGGAUUUCGAAUGCCUCGUCACUACCCGGCAAUGUAUCGAGAUCGAAGCCAUCCACUCCCACGGCGACUAGGGCUGCUGCCCAACUUAAUGGUUCCAGUGUCUUUUCCGGUGGAAGCAACUCCAGUGGCUCUGAUAACGACGGAUUCAGUACGUCUGGCUCAUCCGCAGCCACAGCUCUCCGAAGGCUCUACUUCAAAAGCGGACGCAGCAUCAAGAACAAAAUCAACGCCUCAACAACUUCUGCGACUCCGCUGAACGGACUACCCUUAAAUCCAGUGUCCAGUGCCUAUCACAACUCCGUGGCUGGACCCAUGCACAAUAUGACGACCGCAGGUGGAGUGCCGAAGCUGGUGGUCAUGGGAACCUCGUCGGCCUCUAUUCCGGACACCACAAUCAACACGUCCACGGACUCGGCCUGCACGCUCAUCACGAAUGUGACCCACACGGAUACCUCCGAGACGUGCGACUCCCUGGACCUGGGUGACAACUCGGGUCCCAGCGAGCCGCUUUUCAGUUCGCUGGAGGAGCCGCUCCUCACCGCCGUCCACAUCGAUUCGGAGCACGAGGGAUUCGGAGGCAUGGGUGGGGGAGGAAUAGGAGGCGGAGGUGCCAAUGGACGCGGAGCCACUGAGCUGGAACUAACGAGCUGUUCGAGGUAUCCGCCCAGGCCCGACAUGAAUCUGCAGGACAGCGUCGAGAGCCAGGAGUCCUGUUUAUCCAUCCUGAACGGCGAGCCGUCUUCCACCACUCCACUGCUCUCCACGCAGCGGCGCCACACGGCGGGAGGUCACUCGCCGGGCAGCCAUCGGGAGGAGUGGCGGGAGCGGAGGGAGCGGGAGCCCAGCACGGCUCCACCGCCCACUCGAGCCCGGGAGCACUUCACCUUCGAUCCCCCGCAGUCACCGAAGUCGGCGCGCAGCAGCGAGAAGUCCGCCAGCCACUUUCCCUUCAAGAGCUAUGGUAAUGAGAUGGGAAAGGACUCGGGGGUGGGCAUGGGAGCGGCAGGAUCUGGGGCAGGAGGAGGAGGACCUGGAUCCGGGGGUGGAGGCAAUGGCAUCGUGGCCGCCAGCGAGGGCGACGAGGAGGAUGACGAGCGCAGCGGCGAGAGCGUCGGCAAUCGCAGCAAGAAGCUUCGACCCCGGGAGCGGGACCCCAAUCACAUCUCGCCCAGCGUUUCGCCGUCGCACAGUCGCCGGGCGAGUCCUAAGCGGGAGAAGCGCCGGAGCACGCCCAUCGCCUCCACAGGGGCUAUAGCCAAGGUCAGCUCGGCGCCGCCCACAAUGAAGGAGGCCAAUUUCUUUGGGAGCUCCGGAAAGCAAAAGCAGCGGCAAACGCAGAAUAUUCCGCCCCAUCAGCUCUCACCAUCCUCGCAGCAGCGGAAGUACUCUUCCAGUUCGUCGAGCGGAAGCAGUGAACGCUGCUUGAGAGAAGCCACCGGACCCGGAACCAUGUUCCCCUUCGACCGGGAGGCUUUGGACUACGAGCGCAUCCAGCGGGAGUGCUUUGCCCCGAGUUCCACGACGGCCAGUAACAGCAGCGAUUCGGAGGCGGAAAACUGUUCUGUUUAUGAGAGGAAAUCCGGAGCAGACAUUUUCCAGCAGUACUCGCGGCUGAGCCACCAAGAGCAGCUGCAGCAGCACUACCAGGAGCAGCGGGACUGGGAGCGGGAUAGGGAUCGGGAUCGCCCGCCCUCGCGCAAGAACUCCAAGCGCAUCCGGCCGGACUCGGUGAUCCAUACGACCAUCCGGGAGAACCAGCAGUAUGUGCCGCAGUCGGAUGCCUUCUAUCCCCAGGCCAAGUCCUCCUCCUCGCCCAGCGAUCACUCCUACGCCGAGCUGAACAAGUUCGAGGACAUAGCCAGCAAGUUCGAGCAGAUUCCGCCCAAGCACGGCUCCUCAUCCGGAUCGGUGUCCGGCUCCCUGUUGAAUCUGCACCACAUGAUACCCAGUCCGGGCAGUGAGUCCGCCGUCAGUCCCACGGAUUCCGCUCGCCGCAGGUCCUUCAAGAGCAAGCAGCGGCAGCAGCAGCAGCAGCAGAAGAAGGAGGAGCACUUCUACAUCCAGACGGAGGAUCGGAACGGGACAGGCGGUGGCAGUGGGAGCGGGCCCAUCAACGUGACCGCCAAUCCGCUGGAGGCGGCCGCCGUCUGUAAACAGCCACGCGCCACCAUCGUCGUCCAGCAGCCCUCGUUAAGUCUGGACAAUACAGUGGAGACGCUGCUAAUCAAGAACGAGGGGGACUUCAUCAGCGUGGAGCAGGGCAAGGAGCUGGUGGCCCGAAAGCGCAAUUCCCAGCAGUUGGCCCAUCCGCCGGCGCACUUGCACUCGCACCACCCACAGACCCACGGCCACAAUCAUCACCAGCAGCAGCAGCAGCAGCAACAACAACACAAGCGGGACGAGAAUAUGAGGCAGCUGCUGGAUGUGACCAAUACGCUCACCAUUGAGGAGCUGCGCGAUUUUGAAAUGCGAUAUGGCUCACCACAUCACAGCCGGUCGCAAUCGGUCAAGAUGCCUGGCAGCAGGGCCUCGGGAAGGCCGAAUCAGUUGUGCCUGCCCCAGCAGAGAUCCAGAGUGGCUUCCAUGCCGAAUACCGGGGUGGAGGAGGAGUACUAUAGGCUGCGCCACUUCUCGAUCACGGGCAAGGGCGUGGUCAACCGCGGUGACUCCCUCAAAAGCCGACGCAGUCGCUCCAACAACAGCGUGGCCAGUUCUAAUUCCAGCACCGAGCAUCUGACCGCCCAGCAGCAACUGUCCGCCCCCGCAUCCGUAUCCGCGCGAACCUCGCUGGCCUCCAGCAGGGAGAGCAGCACAUCCAACCCCGGCAACGGUCCCUACAGAGUCCUCAUGCUGGGUGGCCCGGCGGUGGGUAAGAGUUCCCUGGUCUCGCAGUUCAUGACGUCGGAGUACUUGCACGCCUACGACACGAGCAUCGAUGAUGAGUCCGGCGAGAAGGCCGUUUCAGUAUUACUCAGCGGCGAGGAGUCCGAGCUGAUAUUCAUCGACCAUGGAUACACCGAAAUGACGCCGGAUGAGUGCCUGACCAACUAUGAUCCCCACGGUUACUGCGUCAUCUAUUCGGCCGCGGACAGGAGCAGCUUCAGCGUGGCGGAGCAGGUGUUGCAGGUGCUCUGGACCAAUCAGAACAUCGCCCAGAAGGCCGUCAUCCUCGUUUCGAACAAGGCGGACCUGGCCAGGAGUCGUCUGGUCACCUCAGAAGAGGGCAAGGCCAUGGCGACCGCCUAUGAUUGUAAAUUCAUCGAGACAUCGGUGGGCAUCAAUCACAACGUGGACGAGCUGCUGGUGGGUCUGUUGUCACAGAUACGCCUCAAGCUGGAGAAUCCCGAGAAGUCCAGGGAUCUGUUCCGGAAGCGUUCGAUUAGAAAGUCAAAGCGGCGCGCUUGCUCACCGCUGAAUGCAGGAUGCCUGAAUGCCAGCACCCCGCUGGGACCGCUGGGGGAGUCGGUGGCCACGCCCCCUGGCAGUGCCCAAAGCAGUCCUCGCAAAUAUCGUGGUUCACGAACAUCCACCAGCCUGAAAGUUAAGGGUCUGUUGGGCCGCGUCUGGACUCGGGACUCCAAGUCCAAGAGCUGCGAGAAUCUGCAUGUACUCUAAGCUAAAAGUAUAAUCCAAAGUGUAUCCCAAAAGUUUCCUAUAGACUAUGCAAUAUCCUAUACAUAAAUAUUGCCUAAGUUACAAAACAGACUCGACAACUACCGGGGGUAUUAUUCCCAACUGUACAUAUUGUGUAUAAUUUUAGCUUUAAUUUAUGCUAGUCAUUUCCCCCAUUAAUCAUUGUAUAUAGUUUGUCUAAAUAUAAACAUAUUAUUUGUAA